AUGGGCCAGAAUCUCGCGCUGAACGUCGCGGAGAAGGGGUUCCCGAUCUCGGUGUACAACCGGUCGUUCAGCAAGACGGAGGCCGUGGUGGAGCGGGCAGCCAAGGAGGGGGUGGCGGACAGGUUGGCCGGCUACCCAGACGUGGCGUCGUUCGUUGCAUCGCUGGAGAGGCCAAGGCGCGUGGUGCUGCUUGUGAAGGCCGGCCCGCCCGUGGACGCCACGAUCGACGCGCUGCUGGAGCACCUGGAGCCCGGCGACCUGAUCGUGGACGGCGGCAAUGAGUGGUACGAGAACACGGAGCGGCGGCAGGCCAGGGCGGCGGAGGCCGGCGUGCUGUACAUGGGGAUGGGCGUCUCCGGCGGGGAGGAGGGCGCGCGCAACGGGCCGUCGAUGAUGCCAGGGGGCCCCGUGGAGGGGUACCGGCUGAUGGAGGACAUCGUGAGCCGGGUGGCCGCCCAGGUGGACGACGGUCCCUGCGUGACGUACAUCGGCCCAGGGGGCGCGGGGAACUACGUCAAGAUGGUGCACAACGGGAUCGAGUACGGGGACAUGCAGCUGAUCUCGGAGGCCUACGACGUGCUCAAGACGAUCGGCGGGCUGAGCAACGAGGACAUGGCGGCCGUGUUCGCGGAGUGGAACGCCGGAGAGCUGGAGAGCUUCCUGAUCGAGAUUUCGUCGAUUAUCCUGGGCAAGAGGGACGAAAUGGGUGAGGGCUACCUGGUGGACCAGAUACUGGACAAGACUGGCAGCAAGGGCACUGGCAAGUGGACCGUGCAGGAGGCCGCGGAGCUGGCCACUGCUGCGCCCACGAUCGCCGCAUCGCUGGACGCACGCUACAUGAGCGCCCUGAAGGGCGAGAGGGAGGCGGCGGAGGGGUUCUAUGGAGAGGUGGGCCUGGGGGGCCCUGCUGCGCCCCCGGAUGUGGACAAGCAGACGCUGGUGGAGGACGUGCGGCAGGCACUGUACGCCUCCAAGAUCUGCAGCUACGCACAGGGGAUGAGCAUCAUCCAAGCCAAGAGCGAGGAGAAGGGGUGGGGGGUGGAUGUGGGUGAGCUGGGGCGCAUAUGGAAGGGCGGGUGCAUAAUCCGGGCAAAGUUCCUGGAGCGGAUAAAGCAGGCGUACGUGAGGGACCCCAAGCUGGCCAACCUGCUGGUGGACAGGCCGUUUGCGGAGGAGCUGGUGUCCCGGGAGCAGUCCUGGAGGCGGGUUGUGCAGCUGGCCGUGGGCGCGGGGGUUGCCGUGCCCGGGAUGACCUCCAGUCUGGCGUACUUCGACGCCUACAGGCGGGGCAGGCUGCCGGCCAACCUGGUGCAGGCGCAGAGGGACUUCUUCGGGUCGCACACCUACCAGAGGGUGGACAGGGAGGGCUGGUUCCACACUGUGUGGGACGAGUCCUUCGCCAGCGCAGACUCCAUCACGACCACGAGUUACAGCAAUUAG